UGUCGUUUAUGAGAUUUUCGUUGUUAACGAAAAGGGAGCUAUUCCAAUUGUCGGUGUUGAAAAUGGCGCCAAAGAAGAAGAAGAGCAAGAACAGCGAAGGCUCACCGUCGCUGGAGCGACCUUCCGCGCCCACUGGAAUGUUCUCCGGCAUGGUCGUCUUCUUAGUCCCUAUCGGAGUCCCCAUCCGUCGUUUGCAGAUAUGGAAGCAGAAACUGCAACAAAUGGGAGCCACCAUUGAAGACCGUCUCACCAAAAUCGUCACCCAUGUCUUCGCCAUCAACUCCGAUUCGCUUCUCCAACAGAUUGACGCCGAUCGCUUGUCCCGAUUCCAAGGAAGAGUUUUGGUCUACCGGUGGUUGGAAGAUAGCUUGACCUCGGGAGAGAAGGUGUCCGAGGACAUGUAUGACAUCAAAAUGGAGUCUGAAUCUGAAGCCGAAGAAAGCGCAAAACGCAAGGCUAGUGAUCAGAAAGAAGAACACAAGGACCAAGAAGAAGAUCGUGGCUCAGAUAGUAAAAAGAUCAAGUCUUAUGAUACUAAUGUUGAUAGCGAAACUAAAGCUACAAGUGAGACUGGUUUGAGCAACUAUAAUCCGCCUGACUUGAACAAGAACAUAACUCAGAUAUUUGGGAGGCUCAUUGACAUAUAUAGAGCGUUGGGCGAUGAUAGGAGGUCAUUUAGCUAUUACAAGGCAAUACCUGUUAUUGAGAAGUUUCCUUUCAAUAUUGAGAGUGCUGAGCAGGUCAAACACUUGCCCUCCAUUGGCAAGUCCAUGCAAGAUCAUAUUCAAGAGAUUGUCACCACUGGGAAAUUAUCCAAGUUGGAGCAUUUCGAAACAGAUGAAAAGGUACGAACUAUUAGCCUAUUUGGUGAAGUUUGGGGCAUUGGUCCUGCCACUGCGUUGAAAUUAUACGAGAAAGGACACCGAACACUGGAUGACUUGAAGAACGAAAGUUCAUUAACAAAUGCACAGAAGCUAGGUCUAAAGUAUUUUCACGACAUCAAGCAGAGGAUACCACGUCAUGAGGUUCAAGAGAUGGAAUCCCUUUUAAAGAAAGCUGUAGAGGAUAUUUUACCUGGGGUGGUAGUCAUCUGUGGUGGAUCAUUUAGACGCGGGAAAGCUUCCUGCGGGGAUAUGGACAUUGUUAUCACACAUCCAGAUGGAAAGAGCCAUAAAGGAUUUUUACCAAAAUACGUCAAGCAUUUAAAGGAUAUGAAUUUUUUAAGAGAGGAUCUGGUUUUCAGCACUCACAGCGAAGAGGGUACUGAUUCUGGUGUUGACACGUAUUUUGGUCUUUGCACGUAUCCUGGAAGAGAGCUACGACACCGCAUAGAUUUUAAGGUGUACCCCCGUGACAUAUUUGCGUUUGGACUGAUAGCAUGGACUGGAAAUGAUGUACUAAACAGGAGGUUGAGACUGCUGGCUGAAUCAAAAGGAUUUCGGCUCGAUGAUACGGGGUUGUAUCCAGCUACGCACGGAUCUCCUGGCAAACGGGGAACAAAAGCUACCGCGAGUUUGAAAUUUAACGAAGAGAAAGAGGUGUUUGAUUUCCUUGGCUUCCCUUGGCUUGAGCCGCACGAAAGGAACUUAUGAUGAUGAAAUAUGAAUAGUUGUGUUGGCAGUGUUUGUACAUAGCAGAAGCCCACUUGAGUUUUGUAAAUGUGGAAAGCUCCUAACCCUGUUGUAGCGAUAGAAAUGAAAGAAGUUGGGAAGUUAUUUUGUUGCUUCUGUCGUAGAACAACUACUAGAAAACUUCCGCUUGGGAGGAUUUUAUUUUAUUUUUUUUGUAAAGAGUUUAGCCGUUUGGACAAAUUUACUCGAGUAUCUACGGAUAUUUCUUCGAAUAUAUCUGCAAAAUAUUCACUGA